AUGAGUACACGAGUAACGGGAGCAGCUGUUUCCGCUGCAGCAGCAGACAAUCCGCCGCCACAGCAGCAACAGCAUUUGCUGCUGAACCACGAUGACGCGCAGCAGCCGAAGCAGCAGCAGAAGCAGCAGCAGCAGCCGAAGCACGCCGUGCAGGCGGAAAGCUUCAAGCGGCAGGUCCAGGAAGAGGAGCCGCCGCAGCAGCAGCCGCAGCCGCAGCAGCAGCAGCAGCGCGAAGAUCCGCGGCCGGGUAAAGUGAGCAGCAUAAACGGCUCUCCGUUCGAGCCGCAACAGGAGCCACAGGAGCAGCGGGAGCAGCCCGCAGAGCCGCAGCAGCAGCAGCAGCAGCCCUCCGCCGAGCCGCCGCAGCAGGAAGAGCCGCCGCAGCAGCAGCAGCAGCAGCAGCAGCACGUGCUGCCGCACAAAGCCCCGCCCGUUGAAGUGAAGCUCUUCGUCGGACGCGUGCCCCGCUCCGUCCAGGAGGAACAGCUGCGGCGGGUCUUUUCGGAGUUCGGACUUGUGACGGACUGUUUGGUGAUAAGGGAGAAGAGUUCCAACAAACACCGCAACGGGGCCUUCGUCCGCAUGAGCUCGCUGGCGUUUGCGGACGCGGCGAUUCGGGCGCUGCACGGAGUGCUGUCGCUGGAGGAGGGCUCCGGGCCCAUUGCGGUGAAGUAUGCAGCAGGAGAAGCAGAAAGACUGGGACUUGCUGCUGCUGCUGCUGACGGGGGAGUUGACAAGGCGAAGCUGUUUGUGGGGUCGAUCCCGCGGACUGCAGCAGAAGAGGAGCUGCGGGCGUUCUUCAGCGCCUACGGCUCUGUGGAGGAGGUGUUCAUACUGCGGGACAGCAGCAGCGGGGGCAGCAGCAAAGGCUGCGCCUUCAUCAAGUACAAGUACAAGGAAGAAGCUCUUUUUGCAAUUAAAUCUCUUUCUGGAAAACACACUUUCCGGGGCUGUUCGCGGCCCGUGGACGUGCGUUUCGCCGAGACCAAGGUCAAGCAGCAGCCCCCGCCCCAGCUGCUGCAGCAGCUCCAGCAGCAGCAGCAGCUCCAGCAGCAGCAGCAGCAGCAGCUCCUCCUGCAGCAGCAGCGCCUGUCCCCCGUCGCCGCCGCAGCAGCAGCAGCAGCCAAAAACUUCAACCCCAGACAAGCCGGCCCCUGGAGAGAAUACUUCACUGCAGACUGCAUGCCUUAUUACCACAAUGCAGCAGAAAACGUCACAACUUGGCAGAAGCCGCCGGAGUUCGACGUGCUGUGCAGCUGCAGCGCGGGCUGCAGCAGCAGCAGCAGCAGGGGCGGCUUCCUCCAAAUUGGCAGCGAACCCACAGGGCCCCCAGGCGCCAACAUCUUCGUCUUCCAUAUUCCUAAAGAUUGGGGAAGGCAGCAGCUGCUGAGUGCCUUUGGGGGCUUCGGAGCUGUUGUGUCUUGUUAUGUUGCACUGGACAAAGAAAGCGGCAGAAACAAAGGCUUCGGCUUCGUGUCUUACACCACUCCUGCUGCUGCUGCUGCUGCUGUCAACGCCAUGAACAACUGCCUCGUCAGCAACAAACGCCUCAACGUUUCCAUUAAAAAGGGCGAGGAAAGACACGCGGCCAUGCAUCUCAUUUCCCCUGCUGCUGCGCAGCAGCCCACCAAGCGCCAGCAGCAGCAGCAGCACCAGCAGCAGCAGCACCAGCAGCAACUGCAGCAGCACAUGCCCCAGUCGCCCCUGCCGCAGCAGCAGCAGCCCCAGAGGUUCAACGUCCAUGCGGCAGCCACGCCCCUGCAGCAGCCGCAGCAGCUCCACGAAAGCCUUCAGGACCCUGCAGCAGCAACAGCAGUGCAGUCCCCAGCAGCACCCCCAGCAGCAGCAGCAGCAGCAGGGUAUACUGCGCAGCCGGCGUCACCCUACGCAGCCCAAACCGACCACACCUUCCCAAGCUGCUAA